AUGGCAAAGUGGGUAGAAGAACAUAAGAGAAGUUUAGAAAGUGAACGUGAAGCAAUGAUGAGAGAAAGACAAAAAUUAAAUGGGGAAAAGCAGGGGUAUUCCAAAAUGUGUACACAACUGGAGCAAGAAAAGAAACAAUUGAAAGAAUUGCGGCUGGAGGAACACAGCUGGAUUGAUCGUUUCGAUCAUUUUGCGGAAAUCAAUAGUGUGAGUGAAAAUAGUAAAAAGUCACUUUUCAUUACAUCCCUAAGUUCAGAAGCAUAUGAGCUGUUGAAGAAUUUAUGUGCUCCAUCAUCGCUGUCAACAAAACUCUUCACGGAUCUAGUUAAAAUUAUGAAGGAUCAUCUCAAACCAGCCCCAAGUAUAAUCACUGAAAGAUAUAAAUUUAAAGAAUGUCGACAGUUGCAUGAUCAAGAUGUAAAAUCAUAUGUAACAGCAUUAAAAAAGUUAUCGAUGCACUGUGAUUUCGCUGAGAGUUUAGAAUCAAACAUCCGGGAUCAAUUCGUAUGGGGCCUGAAAAGUGGAGCAAUGAAAAAACGACUAUUGGCAGAGACAAACUUGACGUACACUAGAGCCAUUAAAAUAGCUACAUCGUUGGAGUCAGCAGCGAAAGAUGUCCUAAAGAUGGAAAAUUCCGCAAUACAGAAGUUGGAGCCAACGAAUUUUAAUUAUAUCAAUAGAAAAAGGAAGAACUCGACAAAGUUUAACAGGAAGUGUUUCUGUUGCGGUAUAGAUAAUCACGUAUUAAGUGAAUGCAGAUAUGGUAAUAAGAAAAAGAAUUUUAUGUCUCACAAUGCAGAAGGUCAAAUUUAUAUUGAAGAUUUAGAUUUAUCGGGUGAUUUGGAGAAAUUGUUCUGUGUGGAUGAAUGCAACGAUAUUAAAGCCAGUAAAGAUAGUUUAAGUUCUAAUAAUAUAUUGUAUCAGGGAGAUAGAAUGAAACCAUUGGGAACUAUUAAUGUUAAGGUUGAUGUGUGUGGUAAUGAAUAUAAUUUAAAACUAUUUGUAUCUAAUGAAGAGGGAAAGAGAGUAAAAAUAGUCAAGGAAUUUCAAGCUGUUUUCUCGGAGACAUUAGGAAAAGAUAAUAAGAAAACGUUCAAGUUGGAAUUAAAAGAUGAUGUCACACCAGUUUGCUGCAAACCUAGACCUCUGCCUUAUUUCCUGAAAGAGAAGGUAGAAUUAGAAAUUAAACGUUUGGUUAAUAUGAACAUUUUAAAUCCUGUAACUAAUAGUGAAUGGGCCACUCUAAUAGUUCCUGUUAUGAAAAGCAACGGUCAAAUUAGAAUUUGUGGGAAUUAUAAUAUCACAUUGAACCCAAAUUUAAAAAAGAACAAACAUCCAAUACCGCGAGUUAUGGAUUUAUUUGCAAAUUUUAAAGAAGCGACUUGUUUCUUAAAGAUAGACUUAGACACUCCAGGAUUAUUCCAAGCAGAGUUAGAAAAUGUUCUUAUGAGCAUUGAGGGGAUAGCUAUUUUCUAUGAUGAUAUCGUGAUUUGGGGAGAAACACCAGAAAUGCACGAGAAACGUUUAAAGUCAGCUUUAGAGAGGCUUAAAGAUUGUGGGUUAACGGUUAAGGCAGAAAAAUGUCAAUUGUACGCGCAAGAAGUAGAGUUUUUAGGAUAUACGUUGAGUGAAGACGGCGUGGGAAUUUCGGAUAAUAUAACAAGUGCAAUUAAAAAGAUACCCGUUCCUAAAAAUCAAACAGAUUUACGCUCUUUCCUAGGAAUGCGAAAAGAACACCAAGUCGCAUUUGAUAGGGUUAAGGCAUGUUUACGUUCGCACGAGGUUUUAACGCAUUACGAUCCAUCGUUGUCAGUCAAGGUUACCUGUGAUGCAUCUCCUUAUGGAGUUGGUGCAGUUAUUGCUCAUGUGGUGGAAAAGGAGGAGAGACCAAUCGCUUUUGCGUCACGGGAGUCGACAAUAAAACAGCUAAGUUUCUUUCAAGAAUGUGUAGCAGUAAUAAAAAGUCCUAGUUUGGAGCCGUACUUGAAAAGAAAUGAUUCCAGUUGUUCUCGUGUUUAA